AUGCACGUAUUGCCAGUAUCAUUUGCUUUACUGACAUACGUCGGUUAUUGGCGACCAAAAAAUUGGUCAACAAAUUCAAUCAAAUCUUAUUUAUAUAAUAUUUACACUUUAUUUAUGAUAUUUGUAAUAUGUUCUUUCGCAAUUUGUAGUAUCGUAGAUGCUUACGUUGAUCAAAAUGUAAACACGUUCAUUGAAAAGUUUACUCUUACAAUAUCAGUGGUAGCAGUGUGCAUUAAAAUUAUUAAUCUUACGUUAAGAAGAAAUAGUAUUAUUUCAUUGUUCGAUAUGCUAUUGAAAGAUUUUUGUCUACCAAGAAAUUUGGAGGAACAAAAUGUACAAGAAAAAUUUGACGAGGACGCUAGGAGGAUCACAAUUUAUGUUGAAUUUUUAAACGAAGCAACAGUUAUAUUUGCUAUCAUAGAUGGUGUAAAGGAACACGUACUCCCAUUUGCAAAUUGGACACCAUACGAUCACUCUUCAGAAAUAAUGUUUUGGUUAUUCUUGUUAUAUCAAUCAAUUGCACUUUUGGUAGUUGCAAAUUCAAGUGUUGCACACGAAACAAUAAUCUCCGGAUUGAUGAUACAAAUUUGUGCACAAUUUGAGAUAUUCAGUCAUCGAAUUAAAACAUUGCCAAUGUUAUUGGAAAUGGCAAAGAAAAAUUGCAAUUAUAUCGUACAAUGGAAAAAAGAGAAGAAUAGGAUAAUUCGUGAAUUAAUCGAUUAUCAUCUUUACAUAUACAGCUUUGCUACUAAAGUUAACAGCGUAUUUACGACGAUGAUCAUGUUGCAAUUUUCAAUAAGCUCGAUUGUACUUUGUUUGACCGUUUACAGGAUGUCCAAGGCAGAAAUUGCAAGCAUUGAAUUUAUUUGGGGAGUUUCUUACCUUGGUUCUAUGUUCAUGCAAAUUUUUCUUUAUUGUUGGUUCGGCAAUGAAGUUAUAUUAAAGAGUAUGCAAAUUGGAGAUAUGUUUUAUGAAAUGGAUUGGACGUCAUUGGAAAAUGACAUAGUUAAAAUUAUUCCUAUAAUAAUGUUACGUUCUACAAAACCCAUUGAAAUGAGAAGCGGUUAUAUCAUAGUAUUGUCUGCUCAAUCAUUUACAAGCAUACUAAAUACAUCGUACUCGAUGGAUUAUUUAGUCUAUGUAAUUUUGGAAGCUGACAUUAGGAUAAUGAUAGAUUUCGUUUCGAGAAAAGUAGAAUCAUACAUCGAUCGUACGAUUCAUACGAAAGGGGGUUUGGUAAAGAAAAUAACAACAUUAUCAUUAUCACAAAUCAUUGGUAUCGUUUUAAACAUUUCAAGCGAUCUUUCUGAAGACAUUUACGUAUCUUUGACCAUUGCAAUAUCUUGUUUGAAAAUGUUAACGUUUAAAAUUAAUUACAACGAUGUUGUCGAAUUAAUAAACGCAUUAAACAAAAAAGAACCAUACGUGCCAUCAGACGAGGAAGAAAUUGAGAUACAAUUGAAAUUCGACAAAUUGGCACGAUAUAAUACAAAUGGUUAUACAUCCUUGAUAGGAUUUUCAGUUAGCAGUUUCGUAUUUAUGUCAUUAAUCAAUGAUCUCAGAAACGGACAAUUAACUUUUCAAGAAGUUUGGUUACCAUUUGAUAAUACAACACCCAUCAGGUAUUAUUUAAUAUACACUCAACAAAUCUUAGGUAUGACAUUAGCCGGAUUUUUAAACGUCGCAUUGGAUUCAUUGAUAUGCGGAAUUUUUAUACAUAUUUGUUGUCAAAUUAAGAUUUUGGAAAAUCGUUUAACGAAAAUAACUGACAAAAGGAAAACACUUUUAAUAUUAUGCAUUCGCCAUCACGAAUACAUAUACAAAUUUGCUGAUAACGUAAAUCAAAUCUUUGGAUUGAUCAUUUUCUUUCAAUUUUUUGGCAGCACAUUGACAGUAUGUUUUACUUUGUAUCAAUUAACUAAAAUAUCACCGGCUUCUGUGGAAUAUGCCAAAAUGUCACUUUACAUGUAUUGCAUGUUGAUACAAAUAUUUCUUUACUGUUGGUAUGGAAAUUUAAUCACUUUAAAGAGUAAAGAAAUAAUCGAUAAGAUUUUUGGCAUUGAUUGGACAAUACUUAACAAUAGCACGAAGACAUCAUUAUUAAUUAUGAUGAGUCGUACAAUUAAACCAAUUUCAAUGGUGGUUAUCAAAGUUUUUUCAUUAAAUCUCGAUUCGUUUAUCAGUAUAAUUAAAACGGCCUAUUCAGCUUACAAUCUUUUGCAACAAACACAAGGAUAA